UGCUGAUUGGUGGAGCACACACCUGUGCAGGUGCCCUGCGCUGCAGCACGGGAGUCUGUUAGAGGCCGUCCGGGGCCGCAGCGGGGCGGACGGACACAGGGACCCGAUGGAGGAGCUGGUGGGGCUGCGAGAGGGCUCCUCGGGGAACCCUGUGACGCUCCAGGAGCUGUGGGGCCCGUGUCCCCAUCUCCGCCGCCGCAUCGGAGGCGGCCUGGAGUGGCUGAAGCGGAAGCUGUUCCGCGUGGGCGAGGACUGGUACUUCCUGGCGACCCUGGGCGUGCUCAUGGCCCUGAUCAGCUACACCAUGAGCUUCACCGUGGGGCGCGUGGUCCGAGCACACAAGUGGCUGUACCGGGAGAUCGGGGACAGCCACCUGCUUCGGUACCUCUCCUGGACGGUGUACCCCAUGGCCUUGGUCUCCUUCUCCUCGGGCUUCUCACAGAGCAUCACGCCCUUCUCCGGAGGUUCUGGGCUCCCGGAGCUGAAGACCAUCCUGUCGGGGGUGGUGCUGGAGGACUACCUGGACAUCAAGAACUUCGGGGCCAAGGUGGUGGGUCUCACUUGCACCCUGGCCUGCGGCAGCACCAUCUUCCUGGGCAAAGUGGGCCCCUUCGUGCACCUGUGCGUGAUGAUCGCCGCCUACCUGGGCCGCGUGCGCACCCAGACCAUCGGGGAGCCCGAGAACAAGAGCAAGCAGAACGAAAUGCUGGUGGCCGCGGCGGCGGUGGGCGUGGCCACGGUCUUCGCAGCGCCCUUCAGCGGCGUCCUGUUCAGCAUCGAGGUCAUGUCCUCGCACUUCUCCGUCUGGGAUUACUGGCGUGGCUUCUUCGCUGCCACCUGCGGGGCCUUCAUGUUCCGCCUGCUGGCCGUCUUCAACAGCGAGCAGGAGACCAUCACCUCCCUCUUCAAGACCAGCUUCCGGGUGGACGUCCCCUUCGACCUGCCCGAGAUCUUCUUCUUCGUGGCGCUGGGGGCCAUCUGCGGCGUCCUGAGCUGCGCCUACCUCUUCUGCCAGCGCAACUUCCUCAUCUUCGUCAAGACGAACCCGCUCACCUCCAAACUCCUGGCCACCAGCAAGCCCCUGUACGCCGCCCUGGCCGCCCUGAUCCUCGCCUCCAUCACCUACCCCCCGGGCGUGGGCCGCUUCAUGGCUUCUCGGCUGUCCAUGAAGCAGCACCUGGACACCCUGUUUGACAACAACUCGUGGGCCCUGAUGACCCGGAACUCGUCCCCACCCUGGCCCGCGGAGCCAGACCCCCAGAACCUGUGGUUCGAGUGGUACCACCCGCGGUUCACCAUCUUUGGGACCCUGGCCUUCUUCCUGGUGAUGAAGUUCUGGAUGCUGAUCCUGGCCACCACCAUUCCCAUGCCCGCUGGCUACUUCAUGCCCAUAUUCAUCUUCGGAGCUGCUGUCGGGCGCCUCAUAGGGGAGGCCCUCUCUCUUGCCUUCCCCGAGGGCAUCGUGGCCGGAGGGGUCACCAACCCCAUCAUGCCCGGGGGGUAUGCCCUGGCAGGGGCUGCGGCCUUCUCGGGGGCCGUGACCCACACCAUCUCCACGGCGCUGCUGGCCUUCGAGCUGACCGGCCAGAUCGUGCACGCGCUGCCCGUGCUGAUGGCGGUGCUGGCGGCCAACGCCAUCGCCCAGAGCUGCCAGCCCUCCUUCUACGACGGCACCAUCAUCGUCAAGAAGCUGCCGUAUCUGCCCUGGAUCCGGGGCCGGAAAAUCAGCUCUCACCGCGUCAUCGUGGAGCACUUCAUGAACUGCAGCAUCACUGCACUGGCCAAGGACAUGCCCCUGGAGGAGGUGGUCAAGGUCAUCACCUCCACCGACAAGGCUGAGUUCCCCCUGGAGGAGAGCACAGAGUCUCCGAUCCUGGUGGGCACUGUGCGAAGGGCCCACCUGCUGCAGGCCCUCCAGGCUGAGCCACCUUCCUGGGCUCCAGGACACCAAGUGCGGUCUCUCCAGGACAUCUUGGCUGGGGGCUGCCCCGUGGAGCCCGUGACCCUGCAGCUGUCUCUGGAGACCUCCCUGCACGAGGCCCACAACCUGUUCGAGCUGCUAAACCUGCAGUCCCUCUUCGUGACGUCUCGAGGCAGAGCCGUGGGCAGCGUGUCCUGGGUGGAGUUGAAGAAAGCAAUUUCCAACGUGACAAACCCACCAGCCCCAAAGUGAGCCAGUCCGGCGAGAUGAACCGGGCACCCAGUGCCCCGGCGAAGCAGAUGGGGCAGGCUUCCUGCCUUCCCGCCACCCCCCCCCCCCCCCCCCCCCCCCCCCCCCCCGACAGCUCGCCCUCCCUCAGCCCCGCUCAGCUCCUCAGCGGACCUGCAGCUCUGACCGGCUCCUAAGAGGGCUCCGUAUGCACCAUGUCACAUCCUGGACUGGACCCGUGCCACAGGCCGUGAAGAACAAACCCCACCGUGGACCAAGCUCAACGCCAGACCACAGAAAACCAGCACACAGUGGGCACUCACCCUCGUCCGCCAAGUUCGCCAGUGACGGACGAGAUGGGUGUACGCUGUCGCCAAGGGCAGGCGAGAUUCCCCUCUGGGGUCAGCUCCCGACCAGAGGCCCCUGAGAGCAAUAAAGCCGUUUCCCAGAGCCGCCACUCGUCCCCCGUCUCUGCUCCCAGGGCACUCACGCGGCACCUCAGC